ACAUAUUUGUAGUGUUUUACUUUGUAGUAUGUAGUAAUAGUGUUCUCUUGUUGUCAUGGUUACAGUGACGCCAUGUCCCUAUCUCACAGUGAUACAGAAAUCUUUAACAAAUCCGUGGAUCCAGACUAUAAGCCGUGUCACUCCCAAAAUCUAAUCAGGUGGUUCUUGUGUCAUUUCUGACCUUCCCUGAAAAUUACAUCCAAAUCUGUUUGUCUGUUUUUGAGUAAUGUUCUUAGCAGACAGACAGACAGAUGGACAAACAUACGCUGAUCGUCGCAUAACUCCACCGCGUUCCUUUCACGGAAUAAUUAGUUGAAUUUUGUAGACAAAAUUUGUAUAGUUUUACUCAAGUGCAACUUUAAAUGCAGGACUUUUGCUUAAAAUACAACCACAGGGGCCCUUUAAGAAGCAUGUGGCUCUAGAUCUGUUGUCCUAUUGGUGUAGUCCUCAGAGCUGAAGACAAACUUCCUGGGGCCAACAUGAAAGCGCAACACUUCUUGAAUAAACUUUUUAAAUUUGAGGUAUAUUUAGAGUGAAAUCAUCCUUUAAUACUAUAACUUGUGCAUUCAAACCGCAAACUUAACGGUAAGUGGUGCUGUCUAUAAAAAAAUGCUCUAAACGUGUGGCCUUCGAGGACGUGUGGUGCUCUCAGGCUCAGUUGCUAGGCGACCACAUAAACAUAAGCAACUGUGCGCCUUGUUUUUUUAAACUAAUAUUUUUUAUUUUUACUUUAUACGACUUUUAACUUUAAGUGCUGCCUUUUAGAAGCUUUGUGAGUCAAUCGAAAAAAAAAUCUUUUUUCAACCACCACUGCCCUCCACAGUGUAACCUUAAACAAACUGCGCCACAGGAAAUAGCUCCUUUUUUACUUUCGAUUUCUUCAUAGGGCAGGGCAUCGCUCAGUUCGCUCUUUUUGUCAAGUACGACUUCUUUUAGUGCCUUUUUUGCAGCCUUUUCGACAGUAAAGUUGUUUCUGACGACUCUUUUUGUUCUUCUUUAGUUUUAUUAGUUAGUUUUUAUUAGUUUAUAUAGUCUAUUUGUUUUAAAGAGGAAUCAUGUCGCUGGCGCUGCUCGCUUUGAUUUUCCUCGUGUCUUCCAGUUUGUCGGACGCAGUCAUCUACAAAAGCACUGGAGGUGAAGUCGUCAUCCCCCCCGGGUCUGCGGCUGAUCUCAUCACAGCCAUAACGUGGAAACACAACGAGGACAUAGCCAUGGAGUGGUACGGAGGAGAGCCUUCUGCCUUCCGACAAUUCAACGGCUGCACUACUCUGAACACACUGACUGGAGAGCUGACCAUCUCAGGUUUGACUCGGGAGCACAGUGGCAGCUACACGGCAGAAAUCAACAACAAAGUCGCCGGCACGACUGAAGUCCGGGUUAUCUCUCCCGUCCCCACACCAACUGUGUCCAUGUGGUGCGACGCUGAAAUGACUUACUGCACUCUGACCUGCGAAGGCAACACCACCGACCCCGAACUGGUCACCUACUCCUGGCAGAUACCUGAUGCACAUAAAGGUCGACAGGUCAACAUCACGAAGGAGGACUCUGAGCCCUGGUUCCGCUGUGAGAUGCAAAAUCCCAUCAGCUCUGAAACGAGUGAAAACUUCUCGAACCCUUUCUUGUUCGGAAAUCGGAUGGUCACCAUCAUCUUGAUACCCUGCAUAAUUCUGCUCCUGAUUGGUUUGGUUGUUGGGAUUUGCAUAUAUUCCAAAUGCAAAUUCAAGAAAACAUAUUCACCAACGAAGAAGGAAGAAAUCGAGAUAAAGGUCCACAGCUCAGAAACCCCAGAGAGCAACAAUCACACAGCGUAUUCACCAAUGAGGAAGGACGAAAUCGAGCUCACGGUCCACAGCCCAGAAACCCCAGAGAGCAACAAUCAAACAGAAAACACAGAACUACGUGAGGUUUCCUGUAACGGAGCUGUACCAUCUCUAUCUACUGAAGAAACAUCGGCUCUGAUCCCCCAGACAUCCUCUGUGGUCCCUGACGUCAGCAGGAGAACUGAGACUUCAUCAAAGAAAGAGGAAGAAACUCAGGCCCUGAUCCACAGAUCAGGAACCCCAGAGAGCAACGAUGAAACAGCGACGACAACCUCAAAAGGUGAAGAAGCUGUGAUGUCUGUUGCAGAGAGCAGCAGCGAAGCAGCGACGGACACACAGGACCAAAGCACAUCCAGAAAUGACCUAACAACAGCUGCAUCCACAGACACUGCGACGACAUCGUCAGAAGGUGAAGAAGCUGUGAUGUCUGUUGCAGAGAGCAGCAGCGAAGCAGCGACGGACUCACAGGACCAAAGCACAUCCAGAAAUGACCUAACAACAGCUGCAUCCACAGAAACUGCGACGACAUCGUCAGAAGGUGAAGAAGCUGUGAUGUCUGUUGCAGAGAGCAGCAGCGAAGCAGCGACGGACUCACAGGACCAAAGCACAUCCAGAAAUGACCUAACAACAGCUGCAUCCACAGAAACUGCGACGACAUCGUCAGAAGGUGAAGAAGCUGUGAUGUCUGUUGCAGAGAGCAGCAGCGAAGCAGCGACGGACACACAGGACCAAAGCACAUCCAGAAAUGACCUAACAGCUGCAUCCACAGAAACUGAGGAAUCACCAGAGGAGUCGAAUGGGGAAGAAACAACCAGACCUCUAUUGGAGGCGCAAAACCAAAGUGUCUCCGUUUCUGCUUGACGAAAACAGGUGCUGUAAGGAAAAUAAGGACGAAAAACAAGUUACCAAAGGAAUUUUCUGAGAUUUUCUGCUCUUAAACUGCUGUUUACACAAUGCUAGGGAAAUGAGCAGUUUACUGAGACAUAUAGUGCUGUAAAAUCUGUACGACAUAGUUUUUUAUGCAACUUUUUACUUGAAUAUUUAUUAAAAAGGUACAGUGUUCAUCUCAGACUAAAAUUUAAUCCGCCCCAAUUAGUGGCACUGCAAGAUCUUAAUUUUUAAAAAUGUAAUUUAUUCAGGUGACUUUGGAUUUUAUAGAAUUUUCAGGGUUUUUACCCUGGAACUAAAUGUUAAAUGCUCAGGUAGCUCACAUCAUACAACACUGUUUAUACUUAACCUUAAAGCUGCCAUAUUGUGCCUUUUUUUCAGCAAAGGAAUGAAAGAGUGUAUUUCAAAUUUUCAGCUCAGUAUACCACAAAGAGAGUUCACUGGAGCAAGACAUUGCAUAUAUGGUUUUAGUUCUAUUCUAAAUGAGCUGUUCCACUCUGAAAACCAAUGAGCUGCUGCUGGCCACGCCCCACAUCAUUAGCAGUGAUGGUAGGAGUAGUAAUGUGGCUAACACUACCGUUAGCAUUGAUGGUAGCAGUAGUAAUGUUACUAACACUAACAUUAUAGUGAUGGUAGCAGUAGUAAUGAGGCAAACAUUGCCAUUAGCAGUAAUGGUAGCAGCAGUAAUGUGGCUAACACGACCAUUAGCAUUGAUGGUAGCAGUAGUAAUGUGGCUAUAGCACUGAUGGUAGCAGUGGUAGUGUGGCUAACCUUACCAUUAGCAUUGAUGAUAGUAGCAGGAGUAAUGUAGUUAAUAUUAACUUCAAUGAUAGCAGUAGUGAUGUGGCAAACAUUACCAUUAGUAUUGAUGGUAGCAUUAGUAAUGUGGCUAACAUUACCAUUAGCAGUGAUGGUAGCAGUAGUAAUGUGGCAGACAUUACCAUUAGCAGUGAUGUUAGCAGUAGUAAUGUGGCUAACAUUGCCAUUAGCAGUGAUGGUAGCAGUAGUAAUGUGGCUGACAUUACCAUUAGCAGUGAUGUUAGCAGUAGUAAUGUGGCUAACCUUGCCACCAGCCUUGAUGGUGGGAGUAGUAAUGUGGCUAACACUACCACUACAUUGCUACUUUUACCAUCACUGCUAAUGGUAAUGUUAGCCUCAUUACUACUGCUACUGAUAUCAUUAAAGUUAAUGUUAAGUACGUUACUGCUGCUACUACCAUCAAUGCUAAUGGUAAUGUUAGCCAUAUUACUAAUGCUACUGCUAGCAUUAAAGUUAACUGUAUUACUACUGCUACCAUUAAAACUGUGUUUAUGCUCGCAGAACAUUUGGUGAUUUUUACUCAUGGCUAAAACAUUUAAAAGAUUAGCAGAAGCUCUAGAAUGUAAUUAUACUUGGUGGACUGAGAGGCGGCAGCUUAUUUGAAUGGAAAAACCUUAAAUUUACCAAUUUAACUGGUAAAUUGCAGUGUUUCCCCUGGGUUGAAAUGACUGUGAGGCGGUGGGGUGUAGGCAAGGGCCAACGGGGUGGGGGGCGCGGUUGUGGUUGUGUCAAAAGCUCCACAUUCCCCCUUGGAACAAAGCUGAAGCCUUGCAGCCUGGCUUAAUUUCUUUGAUAUUUAGCAUCUUUCACCUUCAAUUCUGUACAUCUUCAUAUUUUCUGCUACAGAUUUAAGUCUGAAACAAAAAAGGGAAGUGUAAUAGCUUAUGGUGCAGCUCCUGUGUUGACUUUGCCAGUGUGACUGACCAGUAUUUGGGGUUAAUUUGCUUUAAAUGUCAUUGAACCACCAGCAGCAAUACUAAAAGGGACUACUUUAACCCAUUAAUGGUCCAAAAUGUGCUCUGUAAUGCACUGAAAAUAUUUCAGACCACUGUUGUACUUAUUUCCUCAGCAGUAAAGUGCCAACUUCAGUGCUCAGUGUCCAAGCUCAUCUCAGAUAGUAACUGCUGCUAAAACACCAGCCAAAAAAAAAAAGGUAGAAAAUAAUAGUAUAUACUUUAUUGGUCUCACAAAGGGACAUUUGCAACUUCACAGCAGCAGUUACAGAAAGAAAUAUCAAGAGAACAGAUCUGUAAAUUAAAAAUAUAACAUAUACACACUAUAUAUGCAAUAUAAAUAAGAUGAACUGAAUAACACAAGGAUGGUAGCAUACCAAUUUAAAUGCAUAUUUAGAUUAUAUUUUGCAUGCUGUAGCUUGUGCUACUUGCACAUGAAUGUAUCAUUUGUCCAGCAGAGGGUGCACCAUCCUAUGUUAUUUAAGUGUUUUAAUGCAUGGAUGAUGUGUAAAGAUGGAAAACACAAUCAUUGAGUAGUAAAAUGCAUUUAAAUCCUUUUAAUCGUGUUUCAAAUGAGCUUUGUCAGAAUGUCAUCAUGAAGAAAAAAAUGUGAUAAUGAAAAAAUGUGAUAGCAAUACAGACAAAGAGAUUUAAAACUGCGAUGAACUUUUAUAUUAACAUUAGUUAUUUUUUAAGCUGUUAUGUCUUCCAUCUUCACACACAGUCUGUGUCUUCUUUGUUUUUAAUAGUUUUUAAGUUACAUUAACUUGUGAAAAUGUGACUUAAGUUUUCUAUGUGUUCUUGUAUUUUUAUGUUUAGUUUUUUGUAAUGUUCACAUUGAACAUAUUUUCACCAUUUUGAAACAUGCUGACAGUCUUAGUAUCCAGUUAAUGCAGUAAACACAGAAAGCCAACACACUAAAGUGCCUUUGUCUGUUUAAAAUGGACCCAUCUGAACACCUAAACAUCAUGAACUAAAUACUUAUAUGCUGCGUCAAUGUCCAGCACUUUGUCUGUGGUGUCAGAUUUAGUUUCAGUUUGAUUGUUUAAACGGCACAAAAGUGACACAAUAACUGCAGGUGAGGUGACUGUGGUUCAUUGUCACAACAUCAUCAUAUUACCGCCUUUUCUCGCCUGCUGGCUUCUGUUUACAAUGAAAACUAGCUGCUUACAGGUAAUCGUGGUGCACUAAAAUCAGAACUGGAUAUUUGAGCCAUUAUUUGCUUAUUUGUACUGUCAUUGAUAAAAUUGAAUAAACCACUAUGCCUGAAAAA